AUGGUCAGAGGAUCACAUUCCCACGUCCAGCUAGUCGUGGCCGCCUCAGAUUCAGAUACAGACAAACAGCAGGAGAUGCAUGUUGCCGCCGCGGCCACCAAUACCAUUAGGAAGUUGAAAGAGAGGAUUGAAGAAACGGACGGCAUUCCGGCCAUUACCCGCGACUACAACAGCCUCAUCUGGAUUAUCCAAGAACACGAACAGUUCGAAUGGAAGAAGCUUCGUAUAUUGGUGCCGUCGCAAUGCGAGACGAAGAAGUUUCCGGUAGAGGUGAACCCGUCGGAAAACGUAGGGGAGUUGAGGAAAGAGCUUGAGAGAUUGAAGGAGCAGUGGCAGCUGGAGCUCCUAGACGAUGGCUACUUCUUUAUAUACAAGCAGAACGUGAUGGACAACGCCCUUGAACCAAGAGUGUUCGCAAGAAACUGGGGAGGAAUGUGGAACCACUCCCCGCAACCUGACAAAGAAACGCCUUCCCUUGCAAGAGCAUGGGCAACACGAUUCGCAGAUCGCCUAGCAAAACUAAAGACCACAUCAUGUAUCAAAGAUGCAGCCUCUUAA